AUGGGACAUCUUGACCAAUACAUAGAUGGGGGUAUGAAAGCCGUGCCAUUGGGGCAAACCGAGCCAAACGGCCUAGCGGCCCUAGAGGCAGCACCCCAAGGUGUAAUCAACGUCAUCCAUGGCAUCGUUGAACCAGCAAGGGUCUGCGAGCUCAGAGGGAUGAUUAAAAAAGCCGAGCACAUGAGGGAAGUGCUCUCCGUUCGGCCCGCUGUAAAGAAAGGGAAGACCGAGGAGAAGGGCAUUCUUACCUUUUCGAGCAGGGACUUGGAGCGGAUCCAGAUGCCCCACAAUGACGCCCUAGUGGUAACUCUUCGCGUCAAAGACUUUGACAUCAAGAGGAUCUUGAUCGACUAG